AUGGCUCCCAAGAGGGCAAGCAAGAAGAAGACCGAGGCGGAGGCGGCGCCUGCGGAGGAGGUUGCUGAGGCGGAGGCCCCUGUUGAGGAGGACAAGGAGGAGCCCGCCCCUGCCAAGGCGGACGCCCCUGAAGAGGAGGCGGAGGAGGAGGCGGCUGCCGAGGAGCCUGAGGAGAAGCCCAAGGGCCGCAAGAGCGCGCCGGCAGCCAAGAAAGAGAAGGCUGCCGCGCCCGCCAAGCGCGGCAAGAAGGCGGCGGCGAAGGAGGACGAUAAGGAGGAGGAGGAGAAAGAGGAGGAGAAGGAGGCCGAGGCUGAGGCAGAGGAGGAGGCAGCGGCCGAGGAGCCGGAAGAGAAGCUCAAGGGCCGCAAGCGCGCGCCCGCCGCCAAGAAGGAGAAGGCCGCGGCGCCCGCCAAGCGCGGCAAGAAGGCGGCGGCGAAGGAGGAGGAGAAGGAGGAGGAGGUGAAGGAGGCAGAGGCGGAGGCUGAGGAAGAGGCGGCGGCUGAGGAGCCAGAGGAGAAGGCGGAGGAGAAGCCGAAGGGGCGCAAGCGCGCCGCGGCAGCCAAGAAGGCAAAGGAAGAGGAAGAGGAGGAGGACGACGAGGACGAUGAGGAGGACGAGGAGGAGGAGGAGGAAGAGAAGCCUAAGAAGCGCGGCCGCAAGGCCGCCGAGCCCAAGGCCAAGGCCGCCCCCAAGGAGGCCGCCAAGUCCGCCGGCAAGCUGGCGGCCGGCGACGCGCUGCCCGACUUUGAGCUCAAGACCGAGGCGGGCGACGCGUUCAAGGCGUCCGAGGUUGUGGCGGAGAGCGGCCUGGUGAUCUUUGCGUACCCCAAGGCCAACACCGGCGGCUGCACCAAGCAGGCCCUCGGCUUCAAGGCCAACCACGAGGAGCUGGCUGCCGCAGGGUACAAGGUGUUUGGCAUCUCCGCAGACAACCCCAAGCCCCAGUCAUAG